UUUACAGUACACUGUACUACCUAGUAGGACUACCUAUGACUCAAAAAAGAUAGCUCAGAAGGCGGCCAGCUGGCUUCAUGGCCGAGCUGGAGAAUUUGAGCGAGCUCUACUUCUUCAAGUCGCUCGUACUUUUUACGUAUUUCUUAGCUGCCCUUGUUUUUGUGACGCUAACGUUUGUGACAGCACCGUAUGGCCGCCAUACCCGCAUCAGUUGGGGGCCACGUAUCAACGCACGGGUUGGCUGGAUGGUCAUGGAGAGCAUCGCGCCUCUAACGUGCAGCCUUGUCUUUUUCAGGGGGGCACACAGUCAAGAAACCUCCCCUCUGCUACUGUACAGCAUGUUUACUGCGCAUUACUUGCAACGGUCAAUAAUCUACCCGCUACGGAUGAGGCCUGGGAAAGGUGGCCGUGAAAUGCCGGUGGUAGUCGCUCUGUUGGCUGGUCUGUACAACACUUGGAAUGGCUACUUGCAAGGGCAGUGGUUGUCACACUUCGGCCACUACCCAAAUGCUUGGGUUUCUGAACCAUGUUUUCUGGCAGGUUUUGCUGUCUUUCUUGGUGGGAUGGCUGUAAACAUCACCAGUGACAACAGCCUUCGGAGACUACGCACUGAUCCAAGCAGUGAGUACAAGAUCCCACAAGGUGGCCUUUUUGAGUUUAUCUCUUGUCCAAACUACUUUGGGGAGAUUGUUGAGUGGUGCGGGUGGGCUAUCGCGACUUGGUCGCAGAGUGGGCUGGCAUUUGCUGUCUUCACCUUUGCGAAUCUGGUACCUCGUGCCAUCUCACACCACCGGUGGUACAAUAGCAAAUUUGAGAAUUACCCUCGGACAAGAUGUGCUGUCAUUCCGUGUUUGUUGUAAGAUGUUGUUGACAUCGCAUGUUGAGGGUCGAAUGCCACGGCAUCAUUGUGUACCGCUCUGGUGCUGGCACUUGCAUGAUCCUGUUAUACACAGUCGUUAGGGUAAUUGCUUGGUACGUAUUGAUGAGAGGGCCAUGACUUUCGAUCUUAGCGGCUCAGUGCACAAAAUCCGAC